UACAGACUUCCGUCGGAAAAGCUCAAUAAUUACCGAGCCUAAGCAUUUCUCCAGAGCUUGCGAGGCGAUUAGGAGGCAAAGAUGUCGGAGCGAAAAGUAUUAAACAAAUACUACCCGCCGGACUUCGACCCGUCAAAGAUCCCCAAACUUAAGCUCCCCAAAGACCGGCAGUACGUGGUACGGCUGAUGGCCCCCUUCAACAUGAGGUGCAAGACGUGUGGAGAAUACAUCUACAAGGGGAAGAAAUUCAACGCUCGGAAGGAGACGGUGCAGAACGAGGUCUACCUGGGCCUGCCCAUCUUCCGCUUCUACAUCAAGUGCACACGCUGCCUGGCAGAGAUCACCUUCAAGACAGACCCUGAAAACACAGACUACACCAUGGAGCACGGAGCCACGAGGAAUUUCCAGGCUGAGAAGCUCCUGGAGGAGGAGGAGAAGAGGGUGCAGAAAGAGCGGGAGGAUGAGGAGCUGAACAACCCCAUGAAGGUGCUGGAGAACCGGACCAAGGACUCCAAGCUGGAGAUGGAGGUACUGGAAAACCUGCAGGAGCUGAAGGACCUGAACCAGCGGCAGGCGCACGUGGACUUUGAGGCCAUGCUGCGGCAGCACCGCCUGUCCGAGGAGGAGCGGCGGAGGCAGGAGCAGGAGGAGGACGAGCAGGAGACUGCGGCCCUGUUGGAGGAAUCCAGAAAACGAAGACUGCUGGAAGACUCCGACUCGGAGGACGAGGCUGCUCCUGCGCCCCUCCAGCCGGCCCCUCGGCCCAACCCCACCGCCAUCCUGGAUGAGGCACCAAAGCCCAAGAGGAAGGUGGAGGUCUGGGAGCAGAGCAUUGGCAGCCUGGGCAGCCGGCCCCCGCUGUCGGGGCUGGUCGUGGUGAAGAAGGCAAAGGCCGACCUGGAUGGGCCGCCACAGGGGGCCCCAGCCCCAGGUAAGGUCACUGAGUUUCCAGAGCCGGGCACGGUUUCUAUCAUGGCCUCUAGGUGGCGGCAGUGCUCCCAGUGCACUUAGGGAGCCUUCAUCGGGUGGGUGGGGGGUGGCAUCCGAGCACCACAGGACCAAUUAGUGGCGUGAGAAGAGAAGUCAGGUGGCUUCUUUUUGUCUUUUAUUUACAAAAGGAGCCAGUGCUUGCUUUUAAAGCCCAAGUCACGUGGGAGUGUGCAAAAUAAAUGUCAAAUCCGCGCUUCCCUACACAGCCUUCGCUGUCUGCAGAUGCCAGGCAGCGCUGUCCCCCUCCCUGGCUGUCUCUACGGCAUGCACGGCUGCCGUCACAUACCUGGUGCUCUGCAGGGGUGAGAGCCCCACGCCUCCAGCCCCGGGUGGAUGGAGGAUUGGGGUGCGGUCAGCGUUGCCAGAAUUCGGAGCGGAGCAGCCGGGGGCAGAUCCCUCCAGUUUCCAUUGGCUUGUCCUGUGGCCUUGGCCGAGAACCUCCCCCCAGCAGGGUCCCAGUGUCCUGUCCUGUAAAAUGCAGCUAAGGGGACCCACCUCACGUAGGUGGGAUCAGUCCCCAGGUUUGGGUUGAUUCUGUGAGUGCUGGUAAUUGAGUAGACCCUGGCACAUGGCGAGCCUUGGAGACGCUUGAGACAUUUUUGUCAGUACUGAUCAAAAUUAUGCCAUUUGGCUGGGCACGGUGACUCACGCCUGUGACC